CUCCCUCACCCCCAUCCAUGUCUGGCCUUGACCCUCAACCUGUGCCCUCAUUGCGUUCCACUUUGAUACAUGUGGCUAGGGGUUGGCAAGACGACUAUGUGUAAAAAAGUUUACAAGGCACUUCAAGGAAAAGCCAUCCAGGCCCAAGGAUUUUAUACACAGGAGGUCCGCAACAGUCAGACAGGAAGUAGGGUGGGGUUUGAUGUUGUGACUCUGAAUGGGCAACGUGGACCUUUAGCCAGAACAAAGAGCGAUGUUCAGUCUGCAAGGGCACGAGCAUCACCUUCAGUUGGCAAUUAUGUAGUGGAUGUCAAGUCAUUUGAGCAGCUUGCACUUCCAACCAUCAAGACAUGCACUGAAAAUUCCACUAAGAUUACUCCACAUGGCAAGACAGUGGUUAUAGUAGAUGAAAUAGGAAAAAUGGAACUUUUCAGUCAGAGCUUUAUCAGUGCAGUCCGUGAACUGUUUUUAUCUCCACAAGCUACAAUACUGGCCACUGUACCCAUAACAAAACAGCGACCUAUCCCAUUUGUGGAGGAGUUGAAGAACAGGCAAGAUGUGACAUUGAUUGAGGUCACCAAGAAUACGCGAGAUGAAUUGGUUAAUGAUGUGGUACGGCUCCUCGAAGAUUCCCUCGCCAGAACCUAAAUCAAAGGCUGUCCAUCCUUUCAGUGACCUGUAGUAACCCUAUUUUCAGUGGAAUUUCUACACCAGGAUCAGAAUUUGGGUUUCGCUUGGAACACAAUUGAUGCCACUUUAUGGGGUAGAGUAGCCAGCAGAGCAGGCGUGAUUUUGGCGAGCGAGUGCUCAGUAUUUUUUUGGUGAAAUUUUUCGCUGUCAUCUUUUACUUUUUACAGUCGUAGGAUGCCGGGCAGAGAAAGAAAUGAUUUCUAAGGGGGGGUGAACGACGAUCAAGGCAAGGAGAGGGGAGGGGUAGGGUCACGUUCCUUCUCCCACCGUCCACUCUAACUCUAAAUCAAGCAUGGCCGGCUGGAUAAACGAUCUUACAAGCUUGUAUCGCUAACUCGCCUCACAAAGACGCUUACGCCAUUUGCUAACGGAUUGAGCUGAGAUGGCAGAUAUUUUGAGAGGAUUAAUACACAUGUAGUCUUAAGACAAUGAAACUGCUUGAUCAAUCACAAAUUAAGAGACUUUACUGACUCGCUCGAAUCUGAAAUUCAAAAUGCUUUCAAUCAAUUUCAAGAAGACAUGUUACUAUGGAGUUGACUUUCUUACCGUGACGCGAAAGCCACCAACAAUGUGUUGACAUAUUCAAUUAGAUGUGAAUGUCAUUUUGACUCGGUGGUUGUUUAUAUGGUAAGGAAACUUUCGAGUAUAUAAUUUGUUGCAUGAUAAUAUGCAAGAAAAAAAAUUACGCGUUCCUGAUUGGCUGAAAACGAGUGCGCUCUCAUGUAACACUGGGGCAAAGUUGUACCACGCGUGCAAAUUACAAAUAGCGCGUGCGCACGCUUUCAAAAUUUUGUCUGUUUUGACUUCAUGUGAUGUUUUUUCAUGUACAUUAUUGAGAAAUAAUAACAUGAUUUCUCUUGCAAUUUGGUGUAAUAAGCACUUGUAAAUUUUUCAAAGACCGCAAAUGGCACUAGCCCUACGGGCUCGUGCAAUUUUGUUGUCUUCGGAAAAUGUAUAUUAUAUUUAUAUUUACUUUACUUAUACUUAGCGGUGGUCCCCCAUUAUCUUUUGACUCUCUAAAUUUGUUUAUCGCCGACUCUUAAACUCUUACCACCGUUCCUUUUGCUAUCAAGCAGGCGCUCUUGUUUAAGUUUCGCCUUACGGCCCCUUUCCGGACACAAUCGCCAAUCACACCAUCGACAGCCGCUCAUGGAAAAAGUUAUUAAACCUGUAGGGGUAAAUUUUCAAACUUUAUCCUGCAGAUUAUUCAUAACUUUUAAGAUUAACAAUCGGAAUAGACGAAAUAUUUAGUUCUACCAUCUCAAUUUCCACCUCAGUGGUAAAUAGUUUACGCGGCGAAUAAUUUUCUUUACAAAUGUAAAUAACGUAGGGAAGAGUUAUGUGUCGAUCAAUCCAUGGUGGAGGUCGGACCCUGAAUGGCGGAGAUGCAAGUUUGGACUGAAUAUCAUCAAUGUUAAU